GCAAAAACUACAUACAGAUGAAGAGUUGGCAUGGGUCGAUCAUGGCAAGACGUUGAGGGAGCAGGGCAUCGGCGAAGACGAAACACUACUGCUGCGACGAAAAUAUUUCUUCAGUGAUACGAACGUGGACAGCCGUGAUCCGGUGCAGUUGAAUCUUCUGUACGUGCAGUGUCGUGAUGGCGUACUUCGAAGCCUCCAUCCAGUCACGAAAGAGAUCGCAUGCGAGUUGGGAGCUUUGCAAUGCCAGAUCGAAUACGGCGACUUCCCAGAAAACAAACCAAAAUUUUACAUCGAGUGA